GUUUACAUAGAGGACAACAAUUCGGCAUGGAAGGGGAAAAACUGCGAAUCUCAUACAGAUCCACAUAUGAAGACUUUAGAUGGAAAAUAUUAUGAAUGCCAGUUGGAUGGAACUUUCAUAUUGUACAGAAACGAGAUAUUCCAACAAGAGGUACAAGAAAAACAUCAUAUGUGUCAUCCUGCCCGUUCCUACCCAAGAUGCACUUGUGCUGUUGCUGUGAGGUCAGGAAAAGACGUUUUCAUCGUGGAUAUAUGCGGCACCCAAACGGUCAUCAACUUUCCUUCUUGCGAGGAUAAAGUGUUAAAAGUCAUCAAAGCAACCGAUAAACACUACAAGGUCAUUUUCCCAACAGGAACAUUAGUUGAAAUUACGUUUGUCUCCUGGCCCAAUUGGAAUGAUUGGCAUUUAAAUAUCGACAUUUUCCCAUCGCCUUCUGAUGUUGGGAAUUCCAGUGGUCUUUGCGGAAUCCUUGAUAACGAUUAUAAAAAUGAUUUUACUUGGAACGAUGCUAAUAAAACGGAGGACAAUCCUGAUAACUUCAACUAUUGGAAUCCUCCCAACGGAUUUUCUAAAUCCUGGAAGGUUCAAAAUGAUGAAGUAGACCUCUUUGACACCAACGUAUAUGGCGGUUUGAAGUCCAUAACGACAGUCUUUGAUCGUACUUGUACCUGUAAAAAGAACGCCAACAAUCCACAUGACGGGGACAUUAUAUGUAGCUAUGGAAAUUACAAGAACUGCAAUUUUGCGGUGGGAAAAAGAUACUACUGUAUCUUAAAUCCAGAAGGCCAGUUAAGGAGAAAAAGAGACCUGCGUCAUUUGCAGUCGUUGACCGCCGGUGAUCCUCGAAAUAACGAAAUUCAUGCAAAAAGUCGAAUGAAGAGACAAACAAAUACUGAUGUUAUGUCUUAUGAAAAUGCGACGACCAUCUGCAAUGAAGCAUUUGAAGCCUCUGCAUCGUAUCUGAUGUGUCAGGAGCACGUCAGUGAUCUGGCCAACACCUCGCUGAUUAACUGUGUAUCUGAUCUUAUGAUGACUGGUGACGUAAACAUCACAAAGAUUCACAUAGAGGCAGCGCUGGAGCAAUGCUCGACAUUCGUCGUAUUAAACGCAACUUUCCAGGAAACGGAACCGGAAAUAACGUACAGAAUUGAAAGUCUCUGUGAAAACAACUGUAGCGGAAAUGGUGUAUGUAAUUCUGGUAACUGUACCUGUAAUAGUGGGUAUGCUGGGAGCGACUGUUCCUUUGACCUGUCUGGUCCCCCCUCUAUAACACACAUAUCUGACUUUGGAUUCUGUGACAAGUCUUCUGAAGCCUGCGAGGAAAUCACUCUGUAUGGAAAGUACUUCCUGGAAAAUAUGAACACCACGUGUUACAUUAGGAGGAAAAUGCUUGCAGAAGAUGGUGCAGUUUUGUCAGAAAUAAACUAUGAAUCCGGUCUUCAAGAAAGAACACUAUUUGAGGGGUACUGUCCCUUAGACUACAAUACAGAUGUCCACUGGGUCAGUGUAUUUAGAUUCAACGUAUCGAACGACGGUAGUAGAUAUACAGAGAACUAUAACGUCUACACCUACCAAUCUCUCUGUCAGGAACUAAAGAAUGAUACAGGGAACAUCACAUUUAUAUUUAAGGAUGGUUAUUGCUAUAUUAACAAUACCUGUGUGGCUGCUGGAGAUACAAAUAAGGACAAUCUCUGUGAUAUAUGUGACACAGAGAGCAAUAAAUACCAAUGGUCAUUCAACGCGGGACACUGUUUUAUUGAUGGGCAAUGUUACACAAAUGGAGCUAUAAACGGCACAAAUCCUUGCAGUGUGUGUAAUCCAUCUAUCAACAUAACAUCCUGGUCUCCUAAUCCAGGAUUCUGUUUCAUUGACAACAUAUGUUACUCUGAUGGGCAAGUCAAUCCAAGCAAAAGCUGUGAUAUCUGCCAGUCAAAUAUAUCAAGAACUGUCUGGACAUUCAAUGAAGGCUAUUGUUUCAUCGAUGGAUUAUGUGUCAAGAGCGGUGAUGCAGAUGCUAUAAUGGACUGUAAAAUAUGUAACUCCAGUAUCAGUACAACACAAUGGCAGUUAAAGAAAGAUUUUUGUCUUAUAAACGAUGGCUGUUUUGUGGAUGGAGGCACAAAUUCUUUAUACCCGUGUCAUCAUUGUAACGUAUCAUCCAAUCAACUCUCCUGGAGUAAAAACCAUGAAUACUGUGAAAUCGAUAACCAAUGUUUGGCUGAUGGACAGAAGAAUGUAACCAAUGACUGUUAUUACUGCAAUGCAUCCCUGGGACAAAGUACAUGGUCUUUAAGUCCAGGCUAUUGUUUCAUCGAUGGAUUAUGUGUCAAGAGCGGUGAUGCAGAUGCUAUAAUGGACUGUAAAAUAUGUAACUCCAGUAUCAGUACAACACAAUGGCAGUUAAAGAAAGAUUUUUGUCUUAUAAACGAUGGCUGUUUUGUGGAUGGAGGCACAAAUUCUUUAUACCCGUGUCAUCAUUGUAACGUAUCAUCCAAUCAACUCUCCUGGAGUAAAAACCAUGAAUACUGUGAAAUCGAUAACCAAUGUUUGGCUGAUGGACAGAAGAAUGUAACCAAUGACUGUUAUUACUGCAAUGCAUCCCUGGGACAAAGUACAUGGUCUUUAAGUCCAGGAUAUUGUUUCAUCGAUGGAUUAUGUGUCAAGAGCGGAGAUGCAGAUGCUAUAAUGGACUGUAAAAUAUGUAACUCCAGUAUAAGUACAUCUCAGUGGCAGUUAAAGAAAGAUUAUUGUCUUAUUAACGAUGGAUGUUUUGUGGAUGGAGGCACUAAUUCUUCAUACCCCUGUCAUCAUUGUAACGUAUCAUCCAAUCAACUCUCCUGGAGUAAAAACCCAGAAUACUGUGAAAUCGAUAACCAAUGUUUGGCUGAUGGACAGAAGAAUGUAACCAAUGACUGUUAUUACUGCAAUGCAUCCCUGGGACAAAGUACAUGGUCUUUAAGUCCAGGAUAUUGUUUCAUCGAUGGAUUAUGUGUCAAGAGCGGAGAUGCAGAUGCUAUAAUGGACUGUAAAAUAUGUAACUCCAGUAUAAGUACAACUCAGUGGCAGUUAAAGAAAG